AUGGAUAUUUGGGAUUUUGAAGAUCCUAUUGGGACUCCGUUGAAAUAUUCAACAAAGAAAGGAAAUUAUUGUAUUCAAAAUGGUAUACAAUUUGUUGAAGAUGAUCUUUUAGAUGAAUUUUUCUCAAUAACAAAUCAAAAUAUUAAUAAUAUUCCACGUUCAAUGAUUAAUAAUAAUACUGGGUUUGGCACACAAUUUCUUAAUGAAAAUAAUUUCAAUAAUUAUGAGCAAUCUUUCCCCUCAAACAUUGAUCAAAAAAAUUAUUGUGCUUACAAUUCAAAAUUUACCAAAAAAUUUGAUUAUUCAUAUAGUAAUGAAAGAUCAUUGAAAAAAAAAUUUAAUUACAGUAAUAAUUCUGCAAUUAUUCCACAAUAUUUUGAUAUUCCACCUGAUUCAAAUUUUUUCAUUAUUAAAUCUUUUACUUUAGAACACAUUCAACGUGCUUAUGAAUAUAAUAUUUGGUCAUCAACUCAUGUUGGUAAUAAAAAAUUAUCUUCUUGUUUUAAAUCAGGUAAAUCUGAUUCAAAAAUAUUCUUAUUCUUUUCUGUUAAUGGAUCUGGUAAAUUUUGUGGUGUUGCAGAAAUGAUUUCUGAUUUAUCAAAGGAUUUGGAUACUAGUAUAUGGGAAAAUAAUUCGAAAUAUGGUUCUGCUUUUAAAAUUAAAUGGUUAUGUGUUAGAGAUAUUGAAAACAGAAUGUUUAAACAUUUAAUUGUACCAGAUAAUCAAAAUAAACCUGUAACUAAUUCAAGAGAUACUCAAAUAUUACCAAAAGAAGUGGGAAUUAGUAUGUUAAAUAUUUUUCAAUCAAAACAUAUUAAAGUUACUUCUUUCUUAGAUACAGAAGAAUGA